AUGAAGUCCGCUACCUCUGCUGCUCUCCUCGCGUUCGCCACUGGCGCGUUCGCCAAGCAAAUCACCGUUUACAACGGCUGCCCCUUCACCAUCUGGCCUGGUCUCUUCACUGGUUCUGGUGCCGCGCCCAGCCAGGCCACCGGCUGGGAGGCUGCCGCGUACACCGCCGUCACCUUCGCUGUCCCCGACAACUGGACUGCCGGUCGUAUCUGGGGUCGCCGUGACUGCGACUUCAGCAGCAACCCCGGCCCCAACUCUUGCCUGUCCGGUGGCUGCAAUGGUGGUCUCCUGUGCACCAACCCUGUGAGUACUGAAGGUGUCCCUCCUGCCUCGCUCGCCGAGUUCACCCUCGACGCGAACGGUGAAGACUACUACGACGUCUCGCUCGUCGAUGGUGCCAACCUGCCCAUCGAGAUCACCAGCUCGACUGGAUGCCACGUCGCCUCGUGCCCCGUCGACCUCGGCCCUAACUGCCCCGCGGCACUCCAGGGCCCCUACGACACUACCGGCUUCCCCCUUGGUUGCAAGUCCGCCUGCUACGCCAACCUCGACGGCAACCAGGCCGACUCCGCCAACUGCUGCUCCGGCAGCCACAACACCGCUGCGACGUGCCCUCCCAGCGGUGUCGCGUACUACUCGUACUUCAAGGACAACUGCCCCGACGCGUACGCCUACGCCUACGACGAGUCGUCCGGCACCGCCCUCUGGACCUGCGCGACCGGUGGCGACUACACCGUCACCUUCUGCCCUCCUUCAUAA